GUUGGAAAUAUUCUUAAGAAUUUCAGUUUGGGAUUGUGAUUGUUUUAAGAACUUGGCCUGUAUUGUUACCCAUAAAAAAAACAGAAAAAAAAAACAACCAAACAAAAAAAGAACUUGGCCUGUAAAGUCACUUGGGUUACUGCAUAAUUGUCAAGGAAAUUCCCUGUUCCUGGUUCCCUAUUCCCAGUUUCCUUGUUGUUGAGUUACUUCAACAUCUUGAGUAUAAGAACUGAUUUCCAUUGAUCAAACUAGUUAUUUUGGUUGGUCAAGGGUAUGCUUCUUAGACGGUCAUUUUUUAUGUUUGCAUUAUAGUUAAAAUGCUGAUAUUGAUUUUGAGUUUAUGCAUGAGAAAUUUUUUUGGCUUAUAGGUUGUGUUCCAUGUGUUCAUUUGGUCAAGGUUGUGUUUCAUGGUUCUAUUUAGGGGUCGGCUUCCUGAGAGAUUUAUGUUUUUAGCAUCAUUUUUGCAUUUCCAUUAUGCAUGUCCUUCUGAAUUUGUGUCUCUUUCCCUUCUCAUGAUAAUCUAGCUUUUAUAGAGCUGAUGGCUGAGGAAGCUUUGCAAUGGCUUCAACAAGUGGAAACCCAACAAUCAACCAAGAUCCCUUUUCAAGACUUGGGAAAUGUUUUGCUCAUAAAGAUUUUCCUAUAGGAAUAGGGGCAUCUUGCCCAAAACAGAACUGAAAAUUUGAUGUUCAUUACAUCUUUCCUGAAGCUUAGAAUGUUGCUCUCAUCACUUAACACAGUUCUCACUUCUGUAGCAGUAACUCAACACAGGGACAGAGGUUUGUGGUAACACUAUUUAAGGCCCCAAAACCUUCCCAUGAUCUCGGCACACUCCAUCUUUAGAUCUCUGUUGAAGCUUGUUGAUGAUGAUAGGGGAUGGGAACAGCAAACUAUUAGCCUUUACCUCUAGGUCUCUCCAUAGGUCAGAGGAUGCUUUUCAUCAUUUUUAUGCCCCUUUUUUUUUUUUUUUUUUGAUCAGAAUUUUUAUGCCCCUUUUGGAAAGACAAAUUGAAGAUUACAUACGCAUAUUAUGUUGGCACUGUGCAUAAACCCAAAACCACCAUGACUGUGUUGUUCCUGAAAAGUGCUACGUCCAUACGAUUUUACAUUUAUGGUGGUCCACCCAUCUACAUCUAGUGGUUGAGAUUAAUGAAUAGGAGCCCACCCCAACAUUGAUACCUUGUAUGAUUCAUGACAUUUUUUGCCAGAAAAAGCAACUUCUUUGUAGGCACUCACCAACAUUCAAAGUUGGAAUUUAACUAUUCAAGUUCUGUUCAGUUGUUGGGUUGGUCAUUUUGGGUCCAUCAGACUGUUGGAAUCAGUAAGCCGGGUUACUGAAGGCAGAUUUCAUAUCAAUCUGUCCCUGAAGGAGCAGUCUUGAUUUCCAAUGGAGGAUGAAAACCUGCAAGACUUUUUGAGUUCUGUUUUCCUUGAACCUUGAACAUAGCAGGUUAAUCAAACAUAUCUAGCCUUGCUUCCUUUUGUGGGGUAAUCUGGAGUUUUAGGAAGCUGUCAUUCUAGGAUCCAGAUCUAUACUCAAUGGCCGAAGGGGACAAGUUUUGAGUUCCAAAGAAGACAGACGUUAUGAUCACGAAAUGGAAUAUGGCUCCCUGUUCUUUGACUUGAGAACAUGCCCCUAUUGAACGCUUCUUAGGAUUCUUUCCUCGGGCAUGUGUAAGCACAUGUCCCUCCGUGCAGUUAUUCGGAACUAUAAUCAAAUGGGUUUAGACCAAAAAUAUGAAUCAUUCCCUAAUUAUUUCUAACUGCUCAAGUUAUUAAGUAGUUCCUCGAGACUAAUCCUUGAAGAUUUGUGUUUUUUCACACACAUUAGCUAGUUACUUCACUUCAGCCUCUAUCCAUAUGGGGUGUGGUCCAGCCUGUGUCAUUGGUUUAUCAAACUUAUCUUAGUCAUGUGCCAUGGUACAGACCAUGCCAGGGAUCUAGCUGUUGCUAUAAAUCCUGAACCCAAGAACUUGGGUAAUCACAGAUUUUGGCUGGGGUGAUGCAUAAAACGUGGUACUUUCUAGUAAUCAUAAGAAAACUUUAGAAACACCUUGAAGAGGGACCCUGGAGUUAGAUAGGCAAGUUGAUUAAGAAUGGGGUUUUCUCAUGUGUUUGUCUUGUUGAAUCCAUCAACAUAUGGCACGGAACCAGUCAUUUGACUCAUUACCCCUUCUGCUUUUGGGGCUCCAAAACCUCUUAUUUCUAUAGUUUGCUUUGAGAAGCAGGGGAGAAAAAAAUCCUCAUAUUAGGUGAAGAGGUGGUUUUUGUUGCUUUAGCAAACAUUAAACAUCCAUGUGGGGGCUGGGGUUGAUGAAUGAUUGAUUUGAAGAAAUGCUUCACCGUCCAAGUGGGACUGAAUUCAAGAACUAGGCACACUAACGAAGAUGAGUUGCUCCCGAUGAGAUUGUUGGGGGCAUAAUUGAGGCUGAGUUUGUUCCAAGUUUUAACUUUUGGGUCCUUAGCAUUCCACUGAUUAUAGUGUUUACCACAUGAAAUCCAGCAUUAGGAUAUAGUUCAAGUGCAGAAGGGUCAAAUCCGAGUCUUUUUAAAUGGUAACAAUUUUUUUUUGUCCAAAAUUGGAACUUUUAGUUCGGGAGUUGAUGGGGCAAGGUCCAUCAUAAUGAGGCAUUAAGGUUGAGCAAUCUAGCAGAAUGGCUGGUUGAGAGAUAUAAACAAAACAGGAGAAAUCAUAAAGAAAGGGAGAGAGAUGGGGACAGAUAAUUAGAGGACCAAGAACAUCAGCCACUCCACCUUCUCCUACUGUUUUAAUUAGGAUGGGGGGCAUGUGACAUCUCUUCUCCUUUUCAAUCCACCUUCAAUUCAAAGCAGCUUACAGAAUAGAUUGGUCCUACCCCAGUUACUUUUGUAGCUGGGAAAAUCCCAUUAGAAAAAAAAAAAAGGAAAGGAAAGCGGCAAAGGGAGAAAGAAAAGAGAAGGUACCAAGAAAAGGCAUAUAGGAAAAGGAGAAAGAUAUGGAGAAGAUGAUGAUGAUGAGGAUCAGAAGCCCAGAAAAUCCUUCAAAUGAAACCAUCUCCGAAGAGCCCAUCACAGCCACCACUUGCCCGAGCUGGAAGCUUUACGAGAACCCAUUUUAUUAUUCUCAGCAUCAACAACAACAACAACAACAACAGCAUCAUCAUUAUCAUCAUCGUCAUCAUCAACACCAGCAGCAGAAGCAAACUAGAAACAAGCAUCAUCAUCGGCUACAGCUCCCUCUCUCCGCUCGUAAGAUUGCAGCUUCAUUCUGGGAUCUGACCUUUUUCAGGCCUAUUAUGGAUUCAGAGCUUGAUAUAGCUCGAGCCCAGAUCAUCGAGUUGAAGGCUGAGCUUGAAUUCGAACGCAAGGCUCGUAAGAAGGUGGAGUCCAUGAAUAAAAGGCUGGCCAAAGAUCUGAAUGAAGAGAGAAGGGGGAGAGAAGCCAUGGAGAGGGUGUGUGAAGAGCUUGCCAAGGAGAUAUCAUCAGAUAAAGCGGAGAUCAGCUGGAUGAAAAGAGAGAUAGAAGAGGAGAGGAAGAUGCUGAGGAUGGCAGAGGUGUUAAGGGAAGAGAGAGUUCAAAUGAAGCUGGCCGACGCAAAGUUUCUAUUGGAAGAAAAGCUGUUAGAAUUGGAGGUUACCAAACAGACACAAGUUGAGAGGCCAUCAUCCAAGAUGGAACACAAAAACCAAGAAGAUAAUGGGCGUGGAAUUACAACAGCUUCUGCUCCUGCUGCUAUCUCUUGUGGAGAAUCAGCAAGGUUUAUUCCAGGUGAGAAGCCCACUUGUAAUGACAGUAAUGCUGUGGUUCCAUCAAUGGCAAUUCAGCGAAGAGCCUCACCGGAAACCGAAAAUCCACAUAUUAAGCGAGGGAUCAAAGGGUUUGUCGAGUUCCCAAGAGUUGUUCGAGCAAUUGGAUCUAGAAGUAGGCAUCUGGGCACCAAACUGGAGUGCCAAAAGGCUCAGCUACGAAUUCUACUGAAACAAAAGAAUCCCAUCCGUUCCAAUAGUCUUAUCAUGAGUUAAAGAAACCAGUUUUCUUGUUCUCACAUCUCUGUUUCUUGAUUAACUCUGUUCUUUGGUAAGGCAUAAUCUUUUCUUCCUUGAUAUUCUGAUUUUCCUGGCCAUUUACCAAGUACCCUGAACUUCUUCUGUUUUUGGAAGAAUGGAGUAAAUACUGUUUUUGAGUUUGUAAUUGUUGAAAGCAUGUUAUGAUGAAUAUAUGAGUGUGUGUUUGUGAAUA